AUGAGGGCUGGUACAAACGUAUUUAAAAAUGUGCAAUUAGGGCUCAGUAGUCGCAGAAAUACAGGAGAUGAAUGGCGACACAUCCAAGGUCCCAGAAUUCACCCUUUUCGAAUUUCUGUAUUUUAUCCUUUUGCUAUUCGCUGUCGAAAUUUCUCUACCAACAACAUGCCCAUUCUAGUCCUAGAUUGGGAUGAGACAUUGACGGUUAGGGAUACCACAGGAGAAAUUGCACAUGCAGCAGAAAAAUGCGCGCCAAGGAAGUAUCCCUUUGCGUAUUUUACUGAGAAAUACCUUGCAUCAUAUGCGGCAUUCCUGGAUCAAUUCAAAAGAGAGCAUGGCAAAAUUGACAGUGUGGAAAAAGAAAUCGAGUAUCAGAAGCAGUUACGAAAGGUGGAAUUAGAGUCCAUUAUACGUUUGGAGAAGUAUGAUUUUUUUAAGGAUGUUCCUUUCAUUACCUUCACAGAUUUGGCCAGCCACAUUGAAUUGAAACCAGGUAGCGUGGAGUUUCUAAAGUCAUGGAAGCUGCCCGUUUAUGUGUUGAGUAUCAAUUGGUGCAAGUCAAUGAUAGAAACUUGUCUUAAGCAACAUGGCUUGAGCGAUAUUGUUGUUUUUGCUAAUGAUCUAGAGCAUCGUGAAGGUGUAACUACUGGCUCUUUCUGCAACGAUGUCGACAUAAGAACAGGUUACGAUAAAUCUAAUAUUUUACGGGACUUGAAAGCCAAAUACAAUGGUUCGCAGGUCAUCUAUGUUGGCGACAGUCAUGGCGAUGUCCUUCCUAUCGUCGAUGCUGAUGUAGGUAUUCUCAUUGAGAAUGGAAAAGGCAAACAGACCCUUGAAUUGAUACUGGAUUUACAGCAAAUUGAAAUGUUGCUCGGUACAGCCUUUGAAUCAGAUUUGGAUAGACACCAACCGAGGAAGAAAAGGCUCUAUGAGGGAUCUUGGCCAAGAAUUGCACACGCUCUUGGUAAAUAUUUAGAUAAUAACACUGCAUAA